AUGCCGCGCCCGCCAAACGCGCCCUGGUACCGGGUUGACAAGGCCUUGCCGCAGAUGCAGCGCAACCGAGUGUGGAACGCCAUCCAGGAGAUGUUCAUGCUCAAUUCCGACGCUGGCUCUCUGCGGGAAACAGCGCUCCCAGUCUUCCCCUAUGUGGCCUUCCGUGGUGCAGACGUGGACCUGAAGGGGCAGGCCAAUUCCAUAUCGGCCCUGGCUGAGGCUGCGGGCGCUCUGCAGGUCCAGCAGUGCCCUGGUCAUGUGCUCCAGCGCGUCCUGCCAGCCCGAACGCCAGCAGACGCCAGGGCGACGACCGCACGGCAUGGCUUCAACGACAGCCAGACGCCCGUCCUGAUCGGGUCCCUGGCCGUGCUGAUCCUGCUGGUGCACGGCCCGCCUGGCACCGGCAAGACCAAAACUAUCACGGCCGUCCUGGAUCUCUGGCUGCCUUGCGUCCCUGCUGACUGGGCCCUUGGCUUGUUUUCCGGCUCCAACAAGGGCAUCGACAUGCCAGCUAGGUACCUGGCCGAGGCGGUUCGCGCCAACAAGCUGCACCCGGACUCAUGUUUCCCUCACGCCGCCUUCCGCGUGGGCCGUGACGACCACGUCACAAGCCGGGAGGCCAAGGCGCUCACGCUGGCGGCCAUGUACCAGAAGCAGUACAACUGA